AUGUAAAAUAACUAAAAAUUAAUCUUAUGUGCUUCAGAUCUUCAUCUAAAUUUUGAAACAGUUCAAUAAUUGAUAGAGAGGGAAAAGAAUUAGAAAUUCGAUGCUGUAUUUUUAUUAGGAGAUUUUUUAAAUUUGUAACAUACAUAAGGAGAGGAUUCAAAUUUAGAUAAUUUAAGAAAGUUAUUGAAUCCUUUUAAAAGUUUUGGGUGUUAAAUUUAUUUAAUUCCAGGGAAUCAUGAUAGUAAUGAAUUACUAGAGGAUAAUUUUAUGGAGGAGGGGUUUACAAAUGUUCAUAAGAAAUCAUUAUAGAUAGGAGAAGAUUUAUGGAUAGUUGGUUUAGGUGGAAGUAUACCAGGUAGUAUAGAAAUGUAUAAUAAGGAUUUAAUAAGUAAGGGUUGAUUUGGUAAGGAUAUCCAUACAAGAGUGAUGAGGAAUAUUAAUAANGUAGAAGGAAUUUUAAUGGGUAAGGAAGAGAUUGCUGGAAUAAUUUAAAGAAAUCUUAAAAUGAGAGAAGAAAUUAAGCUUCUAUAAAAGUAUCUAUUAUUUAUAGACUUUUAGGGAUAAUAAAGAAAUUCUAAUUAAUGAAUUUCAAUCUUAUAGAUCAUCAUACAAAUAAGAACUUACAGAUAUAUUCUAAUAAAGAGAUUGUAUCAAAUAAGAUUUAACUUAAUUAAUGAAAAAAGAGUAAUAAUUAUUUGAUGUAAUAUUUUAAUUAAUUUUUAUAUAGUUAUGUAAAUCAGAUAAAGUAGGAAAUCCAGAAGAUAUUGAAAAAUUGAUUGCUGAUCCUUCUUAAUUGGAUCCAGUGUUGGUGAAUGCAGCUAAAUAAGUUAUUAAUAAUUGGAGGAUUGCAAUAAUUCAAGAAAAAAUAAACACAGCUUUAUAAAACUUUGAUAUUGAUACAUUAUAAAAGUGUGUUGAUCAAAUUUCUUAAUUAAAUAUUGAAGGAAUAGAUACAAGUUCUGCAGAAGAUAUGUUAGAUGAAGCAUCAGGAAAUCCAAACUUUUAAACUGAGAAAUUAGCAGAACUUAAAAAGUAGGGUAAAAAGCCAAAUAAAAAAUGA